AAGCUCAUCUUUUUAUAUAAUAUAUACACAUAUAUAUAUAUAUACGGGUGCUUCUAGUUUGGUUUUGUCUUCUCAUUUUCGUCCUCUAUCUAAGCCCUCCCUAUCCAAUAUCCUAAAGCUUUAGCCAUGUCGGCCUUUGUUGGCAAAUAUGCAGAGGAGCUGAUCAAGACUGCCAAGUACAUUGCCACACCAGGGAAGGGCAUUUUGGCAGCAGAUGAGAGCACAGGAACCAUUGGCAAGCGUUUAGCCAGCAUAAACGUUGAGAAUGUUGAGUCGAACCGCCAAGCACUCCGCGAGCUCCUUUUCACCUCCCCCAAUGCCCUCUCCCACCUUUCAGGUGUUAUCCUCUUUGAAGAAACUCUCUACCAGAAAACCUCUGAUGGGAAACCAUUCGUUGAAGUCCUCCAAGAAAACAAUGUUGUUCCUGGUAUCAAAGUUGACAAGGGCACGGUUGAAUUAGCAGGCACGAAUGGUGAAACUACUACUCAAGGCUUUGACUCGCUUGGCGCUCGCUGCCAGCAGUACUACAAGGCAGGUGCCCGAUUCGCCAAGUGGCGUGCUGUCCUUAAGAUUGGUCCGACUGAGCCUUCUGAAUUGGCAAUCCAGCAGAAUGCUCAGGGCUUGGCUCGUUAUGCCAUUAUUUGUCAGGAAAAUGGACUGGUGCCAAUUGUGGAGCCUGAGAUCUUGACCGACGGUCCUCAUGAUAUCAAGAAGUGUGCUGCUAUGACUGAAAUUGUGCUUGCAGCAGUUUACAAGGCACUGAAUGAUCAACAUGUCCUUCUUGAAGGGACUCUCCUCAAGCCUAACAUGGUUACUCCUGGCUCUGAUAGCCCAAAGGUAACACCAGAGAUGAUUGCCGAGUACACUGUUACUGCACUACGCCGGACAGUUCCACCAGCUGUUCCAGGGAUUGUGUUUCUGUCAGGUGGACAAAGUGAAGAGGAGGCAACCCUGAAUCUCAAUGCAAUGAACAAGCUUCCAGUGUUGAAACCAUGGACACUGUCCUUCUCCUUCGGACGAGCAUUGCAACAAAGCACACUCAAAAUAUGGGCAGGAAAGAAAGAGAAUAUCGAGAAAGCUCAGGAAGUAUUCUUGGUGAGGUGCAAGAGCAAUUCUGAAGCAACUCUUGGGAAGUACACUGGAGGAGGUGCUAGUGGGUUGGCUUCUGAGAGCUUGUACGUUAAGGGAUACAAGUACUAGGUAGAGGCCUCGUUGAUCUGUUUAUGGUGUUGCUGCUGAUAAUACUUUAAAUUUAUGCACGCAAAAAAUUUGUAUUUAUUUUCCCUUCCUCACAAUGCUAAUUCCUUAUUAGUACA